CCGCCGCCCGUCGGACUCGUCCUUCUGCCUUUCGCGGCGGGGAACCUCCCAGACGAUCAGGGCUGAGCUCUCUCCGGCCGAAGCCAGCUCAGCCGCGGCUUCCGGAGCCCGCGGGGCGGCAGACCGGCUUGCGGUGCAGAUUCUUCUUAAGCCUUUGCUGAAAACUCUUUGACACAAGAUGGCUGCAAAUAAGCCCAAGGGUCAGAAUUCUUUGGCCUUACACAAAGUCAUCAUGGUGGGCAGUGGUGGUGUGGGCAAGUCCGCUCUGACUCUACAGUUCAUGUAUGAUGAGUUUGUGGAGGACUACGAGCCUACCAAAGCGGACAGCUAUCGGAAGAAGGUCGUGCUGGAUGGGGAGGAAGUGCAGAUCGAUAUCUUGGAUACAGCUGGGCAGGAGGAUUACGCUGCAAUUAGAGACAACUACUUUCGGAGUGGGGAGGGUUUCCUCUGUGUCUUCUCGAUUACAGAAAUGGAAUCCUUUGCAGCCACAGCCGACUUCAGGGAGCAGAUCUUAAGAGUAAAAGAAGAUGAGAAUGUUCCAUUUCUGCUGGUUGGUAACAAAUCAGAUUUAGAAGAUAAAAGGCAGGUUUCUGUAGAAGAGGCGAAAACCAGAGCCGACCAGUGGAAUGUCAACUAUGUGGAAACAUCUGCUAAAACUCGAGCUAAUGUUGACAAGGUAUUUUUUGACUUAAUGAGGGAAAUUCGAGCCAGAAAAAUGGAAGACAGCAAAGAAAAGAAUGGAAAAAAGAAGAGGAAAAGUUUAGCCAAGAGAAUCAGAGAAAGAUGCUGCAUUUUAUAAUCGAAGUCCAAACUCCUUUCUUAUCUUGACCAUACUAAUAAAUAUAAUUUAUAAGCAUUGCCAUUGAAGGCUCAAUUGACUGAAAUUACUUUAACGAUUUGGAAAUUGUUAUGUAUCACUAAAAGCAUGAAUUGGAACUGCACUGAGAGUCAAAUUCACUAAAAAAGAAAUUAAUGUGGCUUCACCAAGAAGCAGAGUUCAACUUCUCUCAUAAUUGCCUACAUUUAUCGCGGUCCUGAAUGUAGCGUAUGGGUUUGUGUGUCGCGGGCAGUCUUUCUGGAACUGUUAGAGCCGAGACGGGGUGGGAGGGAUGAGAGGAAAGGCUACUUCCUCUGGUUUAUUACAAAGCUUAAAUUUUAUAUCAUUUUAAAAUGUCUUGGUCUUCUACUGCCUUGAAAAAUGACAAUUGUGAACAUGGUAGUUAAACUGUACCACUUUUUUUUAACCAUUGUUAUGCAAAAUAUAGAAGAAAAGUUAUUGGCAUGAUUGUUGCAUAUAGUUAAAUUGAGAGUAAUUCAUCUGUGAACCUGCAUUAAUUACCUGGUGAUUAACGUAGAAAAGUGAUGUAAACUUGUACAUGGAAAUUUUUGAAUAUGCCUUAAUUUAGAAACUGAAAAGUACCCGGUUGUGUCAUUCUGGAUGUGUCCCCGCUGGUGCCGUGGGCCCAUUGCCCCACGUGUCCUGGUGAGAGUAUUUGCCUGGUAUGGAGUACAACUUUUGUAUAGACGAUUCUUGCAAAAUAACUGUCUGCUAGGAGUCUGUCCAAACUUAAAAUGUGUGCCAUACUCUGGUUCUCGAAAGUAAGGGUCCAGAGCUCCUUGAUCGCUUUUCAUUAACCGUAAGGUAGUUUGACAUGAAGGGCCAGCCCAUACUUGUAAGAUAAUUGUAGACUGUGGGGAUUCAGUACAGUUGUUUCGGUGAACCCUCGGUCCCUGGAACUCCCUUUUUACAAGUGGUGAGCGUGUGUUAAGUUGUUGGUCUCUCGGGAGCAGGGCACAGGAAAGGUGUCGUUAAUGCUAAUGCAUUUUGCACUAGAACAUUCGGGAAGGUGUGCGUGCUUGCGGCCGGUUCAUUUCUACAUUUGCACUUAGGAGGUGACAGUUUGGCUGCAGGAGAGUUACCGGGAGUCCCUGUAGUCGUGUUCAUAAUGGAGAACACCGGAGCCACGCUUUCCUAACACUAACAUCAUGCAGUGAACCCCGAGUAUGGUGCAGAAGGCAUGUUUGGCAUCUGCAGACCGAACACCAGCCUGUGUCGCCCUGGCGUGCCGUGCCCACUGGAGGAAUUCUAGCAUGCUGUUUGGGAACAUAAUUUCAAUGGGAAAUAUACCACUGUCCAGAUUUUUGUUAUCUUCUUCAGAAUGGGGCUAAGACGGCUAAUUCAAUAAACUUUGUCUUUCUUUUUGCUCAGUCCUGAUUUCAACAAGUGAAAAAUGCAUUCAGGCGUUCCAGGUAACGGGUGUGUAUGUGAAGUUAACAAAAAUAGGCUUUUUAGGAACUCAGCUCUUUAGAUAUUACAUCUGACUUGUCAUGUUAAAUAUUUGUCCUUAAAGGGUUUGAGAUGUACAUCUUCCGUUUCGUAUUUUUCAUAGGCUAUGCCGUGUGCAGAAUUCAAGUUACCAAUGUAACCCUGGCCCCGCGGGCCCGGCGGUCUCCGUGUGUACUCAUCACAGUCUUAUUUAACCAGGGGUCCUAACCACUAACAUUGUGACUUUGCUUUGAGACCUUUCCUCUCCUGGGUACUGAGGUGCUAUGAAGCCAACUGACAAAGACGCAUCACAUGUCUUAGGCUGAUGCCACUACCCGAUUGGUUUAUUUGCAAUUUGAGCCAUUUAAAGACCAAUAAACUUCCUUUUUUUAAA